AUGGUGGUGGAGGAGGAGAACCGGGCGCUGUCCAAGUCGCGGAUCGUGCCGCUCUUGCCGCAGCUGGACGAGCGGCUGCUGCUCCAUGCCGCCGAUGCCAGGCUCAGCGGCCUCCUCUACGCGCUCCACAACGCCAGCUCCCUGUUCCUCCUCAUCCUCGGAUCUGUGAAAGGAGAUAGUGGAAAUGGAUUUUGCUUAGCCAGACUAAAAAUAUCUCGUGGUCUUCUUCUUCGUCAAGCACUGAAGCUCGUGGCUCCAUUCGGUUUUAGAAAUCCAAUCUUUCGCAAUUAUGUACCAUCGGCGAGCCUGAUGGAUGAACCCGCAAGAUCCAUGGAAGUUGGGAUUGGUUCUUCCUCAGCCUGCAGCUUUGGUUCAUGCGAUAACCAGGAGGUUGGAGAAAGAAAUUGCAGAAGCGAUGUACCACAAUGUGCUGACGAAGCCUCGCUUGAGGAGUGGAGUGAAGUAGGUGCUGUUUCCGUUGAAGAAAGUGGGUUAUCUGCGUCUUCUCGAAGGAAAAAGUUUGAUGCUGGACCAGCUGUGCGGCUUCCAGUACCUGGUCGAUGUAGUCCCCUUGAGAAUGCUCUACGAGGGUUUGCACACAGGACAAGUGAAAAUAUAUUACUUCCAGAAAUUGGUCUUUGUUUUGGCUCUUUGCCAGAAGCUUAUGAAUAUUUCAAUUUGUAUUCAUGGGAAGUUGGGUUCGGCAUUCGUUAUGGGAAAAGCAAAAGUUACAAAUGUAAAUCCGGACCUAAGAAGGAUGUUGUGUAUCAAACAAUGCAAGAGAUUGUCUGUGGUUGUGAGGGAACUCCGAAGAAGAAGAAUACUUCUUCCGUGAGGUGUGGAUGCAGAACGUUCAUUAGGCUAUUGAGGAGUGAAGACCAUGGUUGGUACAUCAAGGAAUGCAGACUGGUUCAUAAUCAUAAGCUUUCUUGGAGCAAUGGAGAAAAGAUGUGUUGGCCAUCUCACAAACAUAUCGAUCGUUACACAAGGGAGCUGGUACGUAAUCUCAGGGAGAACAAUGUUCCUCUAACAAAGGUGUACAGCAUCCUUGGUAGCUAUUUUGGUUCAACUGAAGACAUACCAUUCAACAAGCGUUCACUUGAGAAUCUUUGUAAGCAAAUUUCAAAAGAGGAAGCAAAUGAUGAUGUACGGAAGACAAUAGAUUUAUUUACAAAGAUGAGAGAUGAGGAUCCAUCGUUCGUUUAUACUGCAGAUUUGGAUUCCGAUGGUAGAAUUAGAACACUAAUUUGGGUAAAUGGGAAGAGUAAGUUGGAUUAUAGGUAUUUUGGUGAUGCCAUUACCUUUGAUACAACUUACAAGACAAAUCUAUAUGGUAUGCCAUUUGGGCUUUUUGUUGGGGUCAACAAUCAUUUCCAAAGUAUCAUAUUUAGUGGAGUUCUUAUGCGACAAGAAACAAUUGAAAGCUUUGAGUGGAUUUUCCGUGAGUUUACUUCACUCAUGGGCGGCAAAGCUCCUAUAACUAUACUGACAGAUCAAUGCAGAGCAAUGGAGGUUGCAAUCGAACGUGUGUUCACGCAGACAACUCACCGUUGGUGCAAAUGGCAUGUUUUGAAGAUGGCGAAAGAGAGGCUUGGUUCAGUUUACACGAAGUACAGUACUUUCAAGGCUGAGUUCCACAAGUUGAUUAACUACAGCAUAAUGUACCAGAAUUUGAGGCUGCAUGGGAAGAAAUUUUGGAGAAAUAUGAUCUGAAGGAGCAUCAUUUUCUGACACCUAUUUAUGAAUCGCGGCAUCGUUGGGCAAAACCCUAUUUCAGUGGUGUGUUUUGUGCAAAAAUGACCAGCACUCAACGAAGCGAGAGUGCCAAUCACAUGCUGAAAGGAUAUGUACCUCCUGGUGCUCCCAUGCAUUUAUUUGUCAAGCAGUACAACAAACUUCUUGCUGAUCGAAUUUUGAAGGAAGAUUCAGAGAAUCAGAGAACUCGAAUGGGUGGUGUCGUACUGAAAACAGGGUGGCCUAUUGAGAAGCAUGCCGCUACAAUUUACACAAGUGUUAUGCUGGAGAUGUUCAGUGAACACAUAUUUGACAGUGCGGCGUACAAUGUGAUUGAGGUGGUACCAAAUAAGAAAUACUUGACAGUUCAUUCUGAUGCCAGUAGAAGGGAAAAGUGGUCGAAAGUACAUUAUGAGGUUACUAUAAGUGAUGAUGGAGGACAAUACACUUGUGAAUGUGGACUUGCUGAACAUAUGGGCAUGAUAUGUUGUCAUUCUAUUAGGGUGAUGCUACGACUUGGAGUUGACAAGGUACCUCAAGCUCAUAUAUUGAAGCGAUGGACAAAAGAUGCAAGUGAUGUUCUUCCGGACCAUUUGGCGCAUCUGCAGAAGGACAGAGGUUCAACAAGGUCACAAUCUUAUCGACAUGCCUCAUUACACGUUGCAGCACUUGAACUUGCAAGUAUAGGCGAUAAGAAUAUUGAUUGUUACCAUGAUGUACUCAAAUAUAUUCUCGAUGGAACAAAGGUAUGGAGAAAUGUACCAGCAAACAGAUGGACGCAGUCUUCAAGAGCUUCUUGCCAUUACAAAUGUACAUCCGGAACCACCAGAUUCUUGUGAUGUUGCUCCUGGACAGCUCCAUAUUGGAGUAAUAGCACCUGUGCGUAAUAGACCCGAAGGAAGACCAACUAACACAAGGGACAAACCUGCUUAUGAGUUGAAUCGGAAGAGGACAAGGUUUUGUACUAUUUGUAAGCUCAGUGGGCACAACCGUUCGGCGUGCAAAGCUAACCCAGAUAAACCUCCGGUGAAGAGAAGUGAUUCAAAGUGUGGGAAAUGUGGUGUACUUGGACACCGUAGAAAUGCGUGUGCAUCUUCAGUGGAUGUUCAGCAGAUCGAGUAUGAACUAGGAGUUUAGCUAAUUGGGCUGUUAGAGUAAUAUCUUUAACUACCAGACUGUCUUAUUUCCAGUU